AUGUGUUCCCUGCACGCCGCCGCGACACGAGUCAGUGUGCACUGUGACGUCGGGGGCAGCGGGUGUGAGACAACUCACCGCCAAACUCCGGGGACAGGCGUACAAGGGAAGAAGGAGUCAACGCACCUGCCGUCCGCGGCACCGCACCUGCCGUCCGCGGCAACGCACAAGGCGCCAGCUACAAGCAUCUCACAAGUCGCCACCUACGUGCAACUCACAAGGCGCCAGCUACAAGCAUCUCACAAGUCGCCACCUACGUGCAACUCACAAGGCGCCAGCUACAAGCAUCUCACAAGUCGCCACCUACGUGCAACUCACAAGGCGCCAGCUACAAGCAUCUCACAAGUCGCCACCUACGUGCAACUCACAAGGCGCCAGCUACAAGCAUCUCACAAGUCGCCACCUACGUGCAACUCACAAGGCGCCAGCUACAAGCAUCUCACAAGUCGCCACCUACGUGCAACUCACAAGGCGCCAGCUACAAGCAUCUCCCAAGUCGCCACCUACGUGCAACUCACAUGGCGCCAGCUACAAGCAUCUCACAAGUCGCCACCUACGUGCAACUCACACGGCGCCAGCUACAAGCAUCUCACAAGUCGCCACCUACGUGCAACUCACAAGGCGCCAUCUACAAGCCUCGAGCACACCAGCUAUAAGCAACUCUACAGGCGUCCAGCCUACAAGCCUCGAGCACACCAGCUACAAGCCUACAGGCUCUACAGCCUACAAGCCUCGAGCACACCAGCUUCAAGCAACUCUACAGGCGUCAAGCCUACAAGCCCCGAGCACACCCACAGGCCUACGCAGCCGAUAGCGAGGGCCACAAUCUACAAGCCGCUCCCCCGCUUCAAGCCUGCACUGCUACGUACCAGCAACUCCUCGGCCAGCAGCUGCUCCAAGAACAGCAGUAGGAGCAUCCUGCUCUUCCUCAUCCUCUUCAAGCUAAGGAGGAAAUAA